CCCCACCCGCGCGCUUCAGCGGAGCUGCAGCCGCUAUAAAAGCCUCCGUCAGAGUCCCGGGAGCACGAAGGAAGCUCAACCUCUCAGGUGUGUGUCUCCAUCUAUCAACCAUGAAGGCUCUGAUCUUUGCGCUGGCGGUCAUCACAGGCUGCAAUGCCCGCUCUGUGCGCCAGGCUGACACCACCCUGGCCCGCUUCGAGGACAGUGUGGAGCGGUUCUGGCAAUACAUCUCUGAGCUGAACCAGAAAGCUGAUGGAUUUGUGGACAACCUCAAGUCCUCUCAGCUCACCCGGGAGCUAGACACUCUGAUCUCUGACACCAUGGGAGAGCUGACAACCUACAGAGAUGAGAUCCAGACCAAGCUGGCCCCCUACACUGCAAGCUCCACCAACCAGAUGUCCCUAGACCUGCAACUUCUGGCCAACAAGCUGCAGACAGACAUGAACGAUGCCAAGGAGCGCACCAACGAGUACCUGAGGGAGCUCCAGACCAUGAUGCAACAGAACGCAGACGAUGUGAAGAACCGCAUCAACACCUACACCAACAAGCUGAGGAGGCGCCUGAACAAAGACACCACGGAGAUCAAAGACACCGUGGCAACCUACAUGACCGAGAUCCACUCCCGCACCUCCCAAAACCUGGAGACCGUGAAGGGCAACGUGGAGCCCUACGUCCAGCAGGCCAGCGACGUCGCCAACCAGAAGCUGAGAGACAUCUCCACGAGGCUGGAGACGCAGGCGGAGGCCCUCAAGACCCAGCUGGAGGCCAGCCUGAAGGAUCUGAGCACAUCCAUGGACGGCAAGCUGGAGGAGAUCACCGAGCUGUUCGCCCCGUACGCCACCAAGCUCCGUGAACAGUUUGAGGACAUCAUGGACAAGGUCAAGGAGACUGCCGCUGCCGCCGCUGCUGCUUAAAGACUCGCGUGAUGGGAUGAGAAGGAAUGAAUAAAUCAGUUUUGUAAAGAAAUGAAAGGAGGCGUUAAAGUUACUGAUGUUUGUUUUGUGUUUUCAGGAUGAAAGAGUUACCAACGUUCUAGAUUUCUGAACACAAUCAUUAACCGUCUGUAUUACACUUUGCUUUGCUUUUUUUCUACUUCCAAGUUUUAUCCUCAAAUGUUUAAAGUUUGUCUCCACUUUUGCUGCUGGGUUGAAUGCAGCAAACACAAAUGUCUUUCAUUUCAAUAAAUGCACUGAACAAUGUUGGAAUCGGACGCGUCCGAAAGUCAGUCUGUGAGUCUUUGUUGUGCUUUGGAAUAAAAAGGAACUGACUUGAUACGAACGGCGUGAGCUGAAUGCAACAGCGUGUUGUCAUGCUGCUCUCUGGAAGCGCUUGAGCAGGGCGCUGAUCAAUGCCGAGUGAAUAAAAAAAUCUAGAAACAUA